AUGAUCGAGGCUACACCAACACGGGUGGGUUUCAGAGUGGAAGCACGCAUCCUUCCGCUGGUGGUGGUGGUGGUGGUGCCUGGUGGCUCCUACCUGCAGAGCGGCCAUCAGCAUCGCAAGCCCCGAGAGAAGCAUGGCGUCCUGUCCGCUGGUUAUAAGCUCCACACGAAGGCACUCCGAGUGUCUGUGGCCGCUGCUCGCUGCCUCUGCCCGGGCUCUGCUCUCUCUGCACCGCCCCCCUCUCUCCUCCCUACCCCCCGCGGGAGAGCGGCGGUGUGUGAUUACGGACGCCCUCUAGCGGACAUGACGGGGAGGGCGGUGGGAAAUGAAUUUAGCUAA